AUGGUGCUGGGAAGACCCUUCAUGAAGCGCCUGAAGAAGGACGUCUGCAAGCAACAAGGAAAAACCCCAAAGACGUCGCUCGCGGAACAAGUUGCUCGCCCCGCCCCGACACGCACCCCCGCGCGGUCCCGCUCCUUACGCACGGUCACUUCCCCCGCCCCGCCCCGCCACGCCGCCUCCCGCCCCCGCCCCCUGGAGGCCCCGCGGCCCCGCCUCGCCCACCCCCACGACCAACCCCGCAGCUUCUGGAUCUCCGCACGCGGGGCGGGACCGGCAGCCUCUGCGCGCGCGCUCAUCUGCAUACGCCACGCCCUUGUCGUGACGUCGCCGGCGGCCUGUCUCCCGCUCGGGGACACGGGACCGACGCGUCCCCACGGGACACCCGACGAGUCCGGGGCUCGCGGCGCCGGCGCCCAGCAGCUCGGGGUCCCCCGAGGGGGCGGCUCCGGGCUCGGGUCCGGUCUCCCCUUCCUCUCAGCGAGGAGGCGGUUCCAGCCCCUGAUCGCCCUCGCUGGCUCCCACUCGCCCUCAAAUCUCCCGACGCUCGGGCGAGGCGUUUCGGCCGGUUGCCGUCGCGCUCCCGCUGCUUCGCGGGCUCUUUCUCGGGCUUCCGCACGUGUAGCGGCCUGGGCUAGUCGGGCCGGAGCGAGAGCCGGGGCUCCAAGCUGGGAAGAAAGAGAGCCGGCCGCCAGCGUCCCGCGGGCCCCUCCGGCCGCAGCCCGGCGGGGGCGCCGAGCUCGGGGCGGGGUGAGCGCGGCGGACGGUGAGGCGGAGACCGCGGCUUUCGCGCCCUCGCUGCGGCCCGCGGCGGAGAGAGCGGGGCCGCGCCGCGAUUCGCGCGGAGGCGCCUUGGGCGUUUCAAAGGCAGAACGAAGGGCGGCGGCUCGGUCGGGUCAGAGCAGGGAGGACCACGAAAGGGUGGUCGGUGCGAGGGCGACUGUCGCCCUCCUUCCUGAGGACCUUCCCGAGGAGCGGCUCUCGGUCCUUGAGAGGGGCGGUGUGGAGCCGCGGGGGGUCCGCGGUCUCGGUCGUGAGCCCUUCUGGACGGAUGGACGCUGUCGAGCAGGGAGGGCCGGGCCGGCUCGGGGCCGCCGCUGUCUCGGGCGGGCGUCCGACGGGGCCGGAAGCCGCGCUCCAGCCCGCCCCUGGCGCCGGCCCCUCCUGUCACACUCGGGUCUCCUCCCGGAGGACGCGCAAGAUUUGGGCCACUCGACGCCUGUUUGCCGAGCGCGUACCCGGUGCCGGACAGCGUCCGGGCACCUGGGAACGGGAAGCCCUCUCGGUGCUCACGUUUUCGUUAGAGAAGAGGGAGGAGAGCGGGAGAGAGUCGACGACGGACGCGACAGAUCCAGUGGAUCCUGUAAAGGGGAGGUCUAAGAUCCGGCAGUCCGAACAAGGUCGCACGUGGUAGCUGCUGCUGAAGUUGCCGUUAUUCUUAAGAAGCACACUUAAGCAGCGAGGUGAUGAAAGCGCUGGAGAGAACUCAGCAGGAAAAAGACAAGGACAGAACUGGUGCUGAGAAGGGCGCGUCGGGAUGGUGCCCGAAACACAGACGAAGGUACUUAGGCAGACUUGUCUCGCCUCACAAAGAAAAAA